AAUUUCCGGACGAGCAAGCCGAGGACUGUUUGUACAAAAACUCGAAACUACUAUUUUUUCUGUCUGAUUGGAGCAACUCCAUCACUGUGUUUACAUUCAUUCUCCAUCUGGGUUUUCGAAGCUUCAGCAAUGCAGGCAUGAAAGAAAAGAAUUCCACCACCGCCUCUACACUUGGACGGAUUUUAGCUACUUGUUCUAAACAGGCCAAAGACUACGGGAGCUGUGUUGCAUCUAAAGUCCAUGAGGUUGAAAGAGACAUAUGCUUGAAAGAGUUUCUUGCACUGAAGAGUUGUAUGCAGCAUACGAUCCGGGGAAAGGCUUGAAUCACAAUUAUAUUCUCCUUCUCGUUAGAGGCAUUUUAUCAGCACUGCUUGAAGUUUUAACAUGAUGUCAAUUUCACAGGCAAGUGUUGGUUCUGGUGCUUUAUCACAUGUGUAUAUACAUCAUCCAGCCCUACGUUGCAAUAUUCCUGAAUCCAGGGGGUUGUUCUAUGAUGAUGCCAACAGAUUGCUAAUAUGUACCACAUCUAGUCAGGUCUUUUCAUGGGAAACAUCCCCCUUUAAUCCAGACGUACCUCCUUCAGUUGAUUCUAUAAAUGAAGGGCCUAUUC